AUGUUAGCGUUACAAAGCUGCACAACUUUGUUAUCGGAGCGUUUUUCCCUCUAUCAUAAAGACUCCACGCUUCCAUGUGGGCGCGUGUGGAGUAGCGUCAAAGCCCACGCAAUUCAAGGUCCGGUUUUUUGUACUGAGCUGUUUCCACACCUCAUCCUGAUAUCUCCCUGUCCCUGCCAUGGACUCCUGACAAGUUUCAGCCCCUCUGUCCGAGACUGA